CGUGUACUGCAUCCGAGCUCUCGCUUCGAUGAUGACGAUGUUAUGGCAUCUCCUUCUAAACGGGGCGGCGACAAAUGGUCACCUAGCCUGCUUGAGCUAAUCAGACGGAGCGGGCAAGGGAUGGUCAAAAGAAGCGCAGGCAAAUUCGGUCAAAAGUGUGGGAGACGCCAAGGUGACCAGCGGUUGGCCUUUUUAGCCUCUACAUCUGUUGACUCAACUGAUUAUUUGGUGGGAUGGAACUGAAUUAUCACCGGCUGACACACGUCCGUGUCACCGGCCAUGUGUCCCUACAUAUAUAUACUGUGCAAAGGAAAGCACAUGUCGCCUUGAAAAUCACAAGUCCACUUGUCGAAACAUCACAAUUAGCCAUAAGCUCCAGUCUCACCCAGAAAACAAAGGAUUUUGUCAUAUUCAAGAAGCUGGUGGUUUCCAAGUCAAUGUGGUUGGCAGAUUGGCUGCAGGUGUCUUGUCCAUUAUACAACAUGGGCCACUGGAUAUGUGCCACUGGGCAGCAGAAAAAAAAUAUUUACCGAGGCCUCACGAAGACGUGGACCCUGCAGUGGUCAAUUUCACAAUAGGCCCAUUUCAUUCACCUGUAGUGCUUGAGCUAGUUCAGGACUACACCGAUUCUAAUAAACCUCAGUUGAUAGUCCAGUCGUUGUGGUGUGAACCUCUCCUCUUGUCCUUUGUGUUUUUGACUGGUUUUUUCGUUCUAGUUCAGGAGGUGCUGCAGCUAGCUAUUUGUUUUACAAGUGCAAUAUGACAUUGUCUGCAUGUCACCAUUCAUUUGACCUAGUGCAGGCUUCGUGCAAACCAAGUUCACAGCAUUCCCUGCACUUGCAGGAGUGACGGGCCUGUUGUGCACAAGCAUGAAAAUGGCACUGAACUGCAAUGAACUAGGUCACAAUGUGUAGGAUAAAUUCAACAGACCCUAUUUCAGCAUUCAUGACAAUACCAAAACUUGUGCAUGGCCAUUCAAGGUGUUUGAAGCUGUGGAGUUGCAUGCCACUAGGUAGCUGUGCAAUAUUUUAGCACAAAAGUGUGCACUCACUGAAUAUGUGCGCAUGAAAAAGAAAGUACAGUACUGCAGUCUCAUGCCCAGUUUUUCAUGCUACACAUCAGUUGUGCACCAACUAGAUAAGCCUUAAAGGCCUAUAUCACUGCACAUAAAAUCCACCGUGAUAGCAGCAUUUUAUUCUAGAUAAAGUAAUGUUACAACUGUGCAUGAAAACCAGCAUGGUUUUAAAAACAACAGAUCGGACACACUUGCUUUACAUCCUACAUAUAGCGUUCUGCUUCCCGAAUUAAUCUGAUAAAAUCGAAAAAAAAAAAAACCCCACUUGCUGUAAGAAAAUUUAUUCGGAUUUAUUCGAAAAAACAUCGAAUUUUGAAGCCCUCAGUUGUCAUCACAUGAAAAAAGUUUGAGAAUGUGAAGGCGUUCUUCAUGACAACACACCCAUAAAGCUGGAGUUCCUAAAACA